UGGGCUCCAUCACCAAGACGCCAUCUCUCUCCGGGUAUUUAGUCACCCCCACUGAUCAGGCCUUGUCUUCUGCCCAAUUCAGGGGAAGCUACCACCAACGUUUUUUUUUAUUAUUGUUGGAAGGACGUUGACUACAAACUACGCUACUUCGAUCUUCUGGAGACUUAUGACCAAAGCUUGUGGAUGGCUCUUCACGGACUAACGACCUUCACCUUCAACCAACUACAAGGAGGCCAGGUUUGCAGAACUUUCCACCUGUCUGCCGGCGGCUGAGAGGUAUUAGGGGCAAUCAUGAGGCCUCUGGCGCGCCAGCACUGCGCAUGCGCCGGGCUACUUGUUCUUUUCUGUCUGGACGUCCUAAGCUCAACAGUGAGGACAAGUUUAGGCCGAGGAAAGAGGGCGACGCAUACUCCCAGGUCUCUGUCCUGUCGUGGAGCCAAGUGUUCCGUUUUUGAAAUGACGUAUUCUGUGUCUAAUAGGCACGUACGCAUCGAUAAAAGUAAGUUGAAACACACGAAAGCGGAACGAACUUCGCAACGACAAAGAAGGUCUCUACUGAACUGGUAUCACACGCGUAGACAACGACUGCUCGUAGCACAAGACGCCUUUGACUUUGAUGUCAGGUCCACUGGUGAAAUAUCUGCAAUAUUAUCUGAUUACUACUCCACAGAGAAUUGCGGUUUAGCAAACGUUAAGGACUCACUAGCUCUUAGUAGACCAUCCUUUGAAGGUAGUUUAGAAAUAAAAGAAAAGUCACUUAUCAGAGAACCUCAGCCAGAGUCGGAGCCUGAAUCGAAACAUGAUUUCUCAGGGAGAUUACAGCCAUAUCUAUACUCACAUACACAAAGUAAAAUGACUGAAACUGGAUCUAGCGGUGCUAAUCGUAAGGCAUUCGACCCAAUUGUUGCUAUCUUUUCAGAUAACAAACAAGACUCACAGCACCAUGUUACAGAGAGAUACAUUUUCUCUUACUCAAGCUUACAGCACCAACGUUUUGUGGAUCAACCCUCUUUGCAAAAGAAUUCAAACAUUGGCACAAAAAGGAGAGAACCAUUUUCCUGUCUAUGUGAAUGUGAGAGUUUUAAAAAUCAAGAAAACAGAACGAAGAAAGAUUGUGGGCCCUGGGAAUCGCGCAAGACGGAGAACGCGAGAGAAACCCUGGACAAGUCAAAGAAAGUCUACAAGAAAUUCCGAACGGGAAGCCAAACUCCCAGACAGUGGCGAAUUACACCCCAUCCCUACCUAGGCAAACAGGGGGAAAAUGUGGGUAAGGGGAACUGGGCUCAUGAACCAAUGAAGAGAGUCAAUAAAAGGCGAAUCACAGCUUCUUCGGCACGUCUGGGCAUUCUUUUUCCGAAAGGAAGUCCCAGAAGAAGUCUUUCUUUAUCAGAUAUCGAGGACGGAGUGGACUUUCGAACGCUUUUUUGUAAGGUUACAGUCAAAACAGUUCGCAGGUGCACAAGGUGUAUAUGUUAUUUCUCCAGGGAAGGCGUUCACAAUGACUUGGACAAUGGUUGUUCUGACAAAUUCACCGAAGGCAUAAUUGGCGCCCUGUCUGACGGUGGAAACAUGUAUGAAAACAAUAUGUCCCUCCACUCUCCGUCAUUUCGCCCCUCUUUUUGUCCCUACAGAAUGCACAGUAACGAACUAGAAGACAGCUUGAAAAAGUUGAGAGCAUGUUCUUGCUCUGAGCAACAUGAACGCAACGUAAGCAGGGAUCGCUGCAACAUAAAGGUCAAAGGCAAAUUGUACAGUUGUAAAUACUGUAACACAAGGCAAGACAUGGGUAACAGAUAUACGAUAUGCAACUGUGUUGAGCUCAUCAGAACCAACGGCAGAUUUGAGUACAAUUAUUAUAAGAAUUCAAAAAUACAAGGGAGUGAUGACUAUUAUACAGAAAAAGAUAUACAAAGUAAGAAGACGCAACAGGAAACAAAUUCUGAUCUUUUUAUUUCUCUUCCAUCACUAGCAGAAAUCUGCCAGCGCCUGGAUCUAGACUCCGUUGUGACAAGCACCAGAUCUAGAGGUCAAUGGCGGGAAUCUCUCUCCCAGGCCAGGUUGUCGGCGCGUUGUAGUCACGUGGCAUUCCGGCGCGGGAACCAGCGGGCGACCAGAGGGUAUCGAUUCUCUCCGCUGCCCAAGGGUCAAGCCUGGGGUCUGUGGGAGAUCUCGGCCAGGGCUGCCCGGGUGUCCGCCUCGUCCCGAGCUCGGACUCCGCUGAAGGGUGCGUCAUCACGUCAGAUGGAGGGGAUUUUCUCUCAGUUAACCCCCAAUCUGCAGGACAAGUGGUGGAGAGACCAUCGAGAUAGUCGGGACAAAGAAAGUUCGGCGGGUGCAGUCAAGGACAAAAGGGCCCUCGGUGUGGGUCCACGCACCAAAAGUUAUGGGCUGUGUACGAACAGAAAGCGUAAACCAGUACUGUUUUCUAUAGUACAUGAACACAGAAAUGACAUCGCGGCUCCCCCAAUUUGGUUCAAGUACAUGAAACAGUCCAGAGUCUGUAGCGAAGGUUCCAGUGAUAAACUCAUCACAGAGAAUAAGCCCAGAGAAUGUGAACUCAAUACCCUCGUUCACCAUUAUAGAAAUGGUAGUGCGUUUUCCAGAAUUUGGGCCAUGGAUCGGGAAAUCUCAAUAGUAAGUAGCAAUGUAUCUAAUACUAGCCCGGUCACGAAUAAGUCAAGUCACUGCAGAUCAAAAGACCUAGUGCGUCAUCUCCCCAAUGACCCUCUGUUACCACUAAUUUUGUUCAAGGACGAGAAAAACAACCCCACGAAUAUAGUGCAGACGUCUACCACAGUUCCCACCCAAAAUAUGACACUGUCGAGAGAAUCCAGCCUCACUGCACGUCAAUACCCCAACAGCUUUUAUGGGGCGUCUCUGAGUCACAAGACAAAAAGAAAAAACAGCAUCAAAUAUGAGUCUCUGGGGGAAAGACUUCGUUUUCUACACCAGACGAGGGCGUCACCGUUUGUGUUGAAUGAUAUGAAACCAGCCCAUAGCGGAAAUAUAGAACAGGUUAGAGGUAUUUCUAUCUAUACAAAUGAGACAGGAGGUGAAGAAAAAAUGUCAUACCCUCACGAUGAACGAAAAGAUUAUCCCUCAAACAAUCCUGAAAAGUCUGUCUAUCACAAAAGUGAAAACGUCAUGUCAGAAAAAUCCAUGUUCGUGGCAGACCCUCUCAAUAUUGAUACCUCUGAAAUAGUCGAUGACGAUUUACUAAAAAGAUCUCCUGGCUCCACGGAUUCAGAGCAAACCUUUGAUUACGCAACCAUUGGGCCCCCGCGUCGGAGGCUUCUCUCCCUUGAGGAGAACCAUGCUGAAGACACACCAGACUGUCGAACGCUAAACUCACAACAAGAUACCGUUCAAAACUCUUUGUCAGGAGAGGGAUCAAAAUUACAGACAUACGCAACCGCAGAGGAUCAAAUACAUCAAGGCCAGUUCGACUUUAAACCUGAGGGAAAUGAACAAACUGCGUCUGCUAGGAAAGAACAAGACACGAAAGCUAAAGAACAAACCCGCCAAAAAAGAAGACCUACUUCUAAAAAGGCAUCGUCUUGCACCACGACGGAGAAAUCCGAGAGAAAACAUCACGUUCUCUCACGUCACCCACGUCACGUCCACUACGACACCCAGGAUGCAGAAGACGACGGGGUUCGUUUGAAGGCAGCGAAAGCUGUGUAUCUUUCCGGAGCAGAGGUCCUCCGGUUCAUUCCUCGUGACCCCAGCAAACGAUACGCUUUGCCGAACGUGAACUUCACUGUGGAAUUAUGGGCCAAGCCAGAAGGCGGUCAACACCUACCGGUGACCAUAGUGGGUAUGGCGGAUGUGUGCCAAGGUAGCGUCAGUGGAGGCGUGUGGUCAGUGCGUCUGACGUCACAAAGUGUCAAUGGACGCACGGACAUCAGGUACAGCUUUUCUCUCAGCACCGAAGCUUCAAGCACAUUGGCCGACGCCACAGGACCCACAGGCUACACACCCGGCCACUGGACUCAUAUUGCAGCAGUGUACGAUGGGACGAGGAUGAAGUUGUAUGUCGAUGGUGCUCAGGUUGCUGUAAAUCUAGGAAGAAAAGGCAAGGUUUUCCCAGUUCCUCUGGCUCACUGUAAGGAGCUCCAAAUUGGCGGCAGCGUGUCGUCUAAAAAUAGAUUCCGUGGAACCUUAAGCGACCUUCGUGUGUGGAAAGAUGUUCUGAGCCAAGAAGAAAUCGUAAAUUCCCAGAAAUAUCCCCAGAGACGUCCCCGUCCUGCCAAAGAAUCGUUCGUCAUCGAAGAUUUUCUCAACCUCGACGAAUGGGAACUCAUAAGAGGGCAUGCAGUGAGGAAAGUGGCUUUGUACAGGUCAUCGAGAAUAACGCAGGGACACCACCACCAUCAUCCAAUCCCAGUGCCACCCUGUGGCGAAACAGUUUGCGACAACCCGGAAGUGGUCAAACACUACGUUGACCACGAGCCGUUACGCAAUUUCAAGGUCGUCCGCUACAGAAUCGUGAACCUCAUGAACGACGACGGUGCCUCUCCCAUCGUGAGCAACGGUCAGAUCCUACGUCAGCACACAGCCCUCAACGCCGCGUUCCGGCGGUACAACAUCGGCUUCCACCUUGACGUGACGAGCAUCAGAAACACCCUGUUACGUCAGAAGCUCGUCAUGUUUGGCUGUGCCGCCAGCCUGGUCGGGAACGGCGUCUGCGACAUCGAGUGUAACCAGACGAGAACGGGGAAUGACGGCGGCGACUGUGAUAUGUACCACGUGACCUGUAACGCUAGUAACGUUGGUAACGGUGUCUGUGAUUUCGAGUGCAACAAGGCGUACCAUGGCUGGGAUGGGGGCGAUUGCUGCUUACCAGGAGAGAAGGCGCACUAUACGUGCUAUGAUCCGCGGAGUCCACACAGAGGUUACCUGAGCAUUGAGGAACUGAAGGACGUCGUCCAGUUGCCCAGCGUAGACCACCUCCACGUCAUGUUUGCCUCCUGGAACACUGACCAUUUGAUCGGCAUUGCCACCUUUCCCUGGGACAAGCAUGUGUUCGGCGUGAGAGGAGGCACUGUGGUCCAGCCUCAGACGUUUGGUGUGUCGGGCCAGACAGACAGCCUCGUGCACGAGAUUGGUCACAACCUGGGUCUGUGGCACGUGCAUCACGGCGUCUCCGAGCUGCCCUGUGGCGACCCGUGUACUGAGGUGGAGGCAAGCAUGGAGCACGGGGACCUCUGCUCUGACACAGCUCCCACCCCACAAAACGUGCACUGCCGAGACCCAGGCGUGGCUCCCGACGUCUGUGACAGGUAUCGGCUCUACACCGAUACGCCCUUCUCCAACUUUAUGAGCUAUGCAGGUGGGCUGAAGCUUCUGUUUUCUCUAAUUCUAACUUUUUACAUGUAGGUGUUUUAGACUCCCCAGCGACACAAUUUUGAUUAUUUAGGAGGCGGGCUUCCGACCCCCUCUGUCAGGGCAACCCGAGCUGUGAGAGAUACAACAUCCCAGCAAAAUGAUUGAUUUACUAGAUAAAAAACAAUCUUUCCCAUCUGGGAACAGAACUCGGGUCUCCUGCGUGCGACAGCCAAGCGCCCAACCACUACAUCAUAGACACCGGAGCUUCUUUUUUUGUCAAGGUUAUAGACUUCUCCAUUGACCCUACUUUUUAGUUCAUUUAGAAGGCGUGCUUUCUCCCACUCUAUGAGCUAUCCAGAUGAGGAGGUGAAGGACCUGUCUCCGUCAGGUUUAAAGAUUAUGAUAACUGUAAAAGUUUUGCUCCCUUGUCAACAUAAGGCCGGUACGCAUUACUCAAACUUUAUUAGCCAUGCAAGUGACGUGAGUUUCUGCUUGCUAGUUUGAGUAACAGAAGUGCAGGGUCGCUUCGACCGCCUCCUAAAUGAUCUACUGUGUCGAUGGGGCCAUAA